AUGGCCGAGCAGGAGCAGGUCACGACGGCGGCCGACGCACGACGCUACGGCGCCGACCUGCACGCGAUGGAGGAGACCGCGGAGUUCAUGUUGUCGUACAUCUACCAAAGCCUCCCCGAGUACCCUCUCUACAACGGCACACGGCUCACCGCCCUCCCCGCCGCCCGCCGCGCCGACCGCAUCAGCCGCCUCCCCCGCGACCUCCUGCGCAACAUCCUCGCCCGCCUCCCCGUCAAGGACGCCGCGCGCACCGCCGCGCUCUCCUCUCGCUGGCGCGCGCUCUGGCGCUCCACGCCCCUCGUCCUCGUCGACAUCCACCUUCUCCCCAAAGCCCAGGACUUUAGCCCCAUGCCGGCCAACACGCCAGCCGUCACCGCCGCCGUCUCCCGCAUCCUCGAAACGCACCCCGGCUCCUUCAGCUGCGUCCACCUUCUUUCACACCUCAUCUGCUGCCGCUUGGACGUGUACAUGGCCAAGCUCGCGCGCUGGCUCCACCUCCUCGCCGCCAAGGGCAUCCAGGACCUCAUCCUCGUCAACCGCCCAUGGCCGCUCAAUGUGCCGCUUCCUGCCUCGCUCUUCACCAUCACCACCCUCACCCGCCUCUACCUUGGCGUCUGGAAGCUGCCGGGCACGGCCGCCCUGCGUGGCGGCUCCUUUUCCAACCUCCGGGAGCUUGGCCUCUGCUUCGUCGAAAUGGAGCAUGGCUUCGUCGACUCCCUCGUCGCCAGGAGCCCCGCCCUGGAGGUCCUCAACAUCGUGGGAUACAUCAAGUGCAGGCUGCGUCUACGUCUCGUCAGCCAGAGCCUGCGGUGCGUGCAAAUCUGCGGCUCUGUUCUGGAGGACAUCGCCGUGGUGAAGGCUCCAUGCCUCGAGCGGCUCAUCCUGUCAUCACCUUACACGCCCAAUCGUGGCUUGUGCGCAAGUCAGGGUGGACACGGUCCGGGCCGGUCCGGUCCUUCACCGAGCUGCCAUUUGGACCAGCGGCCGGCGGUCCGGACCGACCAGCCUAGCGGUCCUGUUUCCAGGGACCGGACCGGCGGCAGAGAAGCUCGGGCCGGACCGAGUGGACCGACCAACCAUCACCGGCGGCGACUUGCGCGGGUGCAGAGACGAGGUGGGCGACGUGCGCUGGUGCUGUGGCGAGGUGGCAGACGUGCGCGAGAGCCGGCGGCGAGGGGUAGACGAUGUGCCAUUGGAAGUGCUGUUAGCCAUUAA